ACGCGAGGUAUGCUACUCUAGCCGCUCUCUAGCUCUCUUCCCCUAAGGCACUUCCUCGUCUCCCACGUGUUUUGAGUCUGGGAGUCUGUCUCCCGAGAAGCUGUGUGGUGCUAGCUUGGGUCUGAAAUUAAUUGCGGGUUUAGCCCAGUGUGUAACACAUGCGUGGAGGGGAGAAACGUUGUGCUCUCUGAACCUUGGAUCAUUUUGCUCUUUACUGAGAACACUUCAUGAAAACAACUUUCUCCAUCUUUUGGAAAUACAUUUGUGUUAAGGACUCCUUUGGCUUUAGAAACAAGCAUACCAGUGGGGAAUGGGGAGGUGGAAUGAUAAUGAUGACCACAGUAUACUGAACCAAUGGAUGAAUCUAUGCAGUGUGCUAAAAGCUUUGCUUGACAUGCCCCAUUCUGAACUGUGACUCCUGCAGCAGUAUUGAGAUCAUGUUUAUACGUUUGAAAAGGUCAUUGUGUCUUUGCGUUGGGCUUAAGAGAUCAAAAGUUGCUGCCAUUUUUUCAUAUAUAACUCUGCGGAUGGAAAAACCUGCCUAUCAUGCCAUAUUCCUCAGGCAAUUUCGUUCUGAAUCCAUCAAGGUGACAGCUUUCUAUGUCCUUUAUAUAUAAGAAGAACCCUGCUGGAUCAGACCAACCAAGAUGCUAGAUUGGUCCAUCCAGUCUAGCAUCUUGUUUGCAACAGAGACUAAUCAAAGGCUUCUGGAAAGCCCACAAGUAGGGCAUGAAGGAUGCAGUGGAUAUGUCACUGUUUCCUGUUGAAAACAUCAGAAAUUUCAGCAUAAUAGCUCACGUGGACCAUGGCAAAAGCACCCUAGCAGACAGGCUGUUAGAGAUAACAGGAACAAUUGACAAAACUAAGCUUAAUAAACAAGUUCUGGAUAAAUUGCAAGUGGAACGGGAAAGAGGAAUCACUGUUAAAGCCCAGACUGCUUCUCUCUUUUAUAACCACAAAGGAACCAAUUACCUCUUAAAUCUCAUUGACACACCAGGCCAUGUAGAUUUUAGCUAUGAAGUGUCACGAUCAUUGUCUGCUUGUCAAGGUGUCUUGCUUGUAGUGGAUGCAAAUGAGGGCAUUCAAGCUCAGACAGUAGCAAAUUUUUAUCUUGCAUUUGAAGCACAACUAGCAAUAAUUCCUGUUAUCAAUAAGAUUGAUUUAAAGAAUGCAGAUCCUGAGAGGGUUGAAAACCAAAUUGAAAAGGUAUUUGAUAUCCCCAAAGAAGAGUGCAUUCGGAUUUCUGCUAAACUAGGAACAAAUGUUGAAAGAAUACUUUGGGAAGUAAUUGAAAGAAUCCCUCCGCCCAGUGUGAGCACACAUGACCCGCUGAAGGCUCUGGUGUUCGACUCAACCUUUGAUCACUAUAGGGGGGUCAUUGCUAACAUAGCACUGUUUGGUGGGGAGGUUCACAAAGGCCAUAAGAUAACAUCGGCUUUCACAAAAAAGGUUUAUGAAGUUAAUGAAGUAGGAAUUCUGACACCCAAUGAGCAACAAAUUCAUACAUUAUAUGCUGGCCAGGUUGGCUAUCUGAUUUCUGGAAUGAAAGAAAUUACGGAAGCCCAAAUAGGAGAUACACUCUAUUUACAUAACCAGCCAGUGGAGCCAUUGCCUGGGUUUCAAUCAGCGAAACCAAUGGUCUUUGCAGGAAUGUACCCAGUAGAUCAGUCAGAAUAUAACAAUCUGAAAAGUGCUGUUGAAAAACUGACACUUAACGACUCCAGUGUGACUGUUCACCGUGAUAGUAGCCUUGCCUUGGGAGCUGGGUGGAGGUUGGGUUUUCUUGGUCUUUUACAUAUGGAAGUUUUUAAUCAGCGAUUGGAGCAAGAAUACAAUGCAUCUGUCAUUUUGACAGCACCCACAGUUUCCUAUAAGGCAGUUCUUUCUUCAGCAAAAUUAAUACAGGCACAUGGGAAAGAGGAGAUAACCAUCAUAAAUCCCGCUGAGUUCCCUGAUAAGGCAACAGUGGUGGAAUAUUUGGAGCCUACUGUUUUAGGCACUAUCAUAACACCUGAUGAAUACAUUGGGAAAAUAAUAACCCUAUGCCAGACUCGAAGGGCUGUUCAGAAGGAUUUGGUGUAUAUUGACGACCACAGAGUCAUGAUGAAAUAUUUCUUUCCUCUGAAUGAAAUCGUAGUAGAUUUCUAUGAUGCUCUGAAAUCCCUCUCCUCUGGAUAUGCCAGCUUUGACUACGAGGAUGCAGGAUACCAGACUGCAGACCUUGUCAAGUUGGACAUUCUUUUAAAUGGGAAUGCUGUAGAAGAAUUGGUAACUAUUGUACAUAAGGAAAAGGCAUACACAGUUGCUAAAACCAUGUGUGAACGUUUAAAGGAUAUUAUUCCCAGACAACUUUUUGAAAUAGCAAUUCAGGCAGCUGUUGGAAAUAAAAUAAUUGCAAGGGAAACGGUGAAACCUUAUAGGAAAAAUGUACUUGCAAAAUGUUAUGGUGGUGAUAUUACACGAAAAAUGAAACUUUUGAAGAGGCAAGCAGAAGGAAAGAAGAAGUUGAGGAAGAUUGGGAAUGUGGAAGUGCCAAAGGAUGCAUUCAUAAGUGUUCUAAAGCGACAGCCUGAUAAGUAGCCAAGAAGUUCACAAAUAAUACUGGCAGUUACUAUUUGUAAAACUAAAAAAAUUACUGAUCAGUGGCUAUCUUGACAAUGUGAUCCUGUGUGUACAUAUAUAAAGCACCUUCAGUGUAAAUACUAAACUUAAAGUGUUCUAAUUUAAGAAAGCUUAUACAAAUAAUUAGGCAAAUGUGAUUGUAUAGGUGGCUGGAGAGCCUGUAACUUUUCAAUAAAGCCUUUUUUGAUGGUCAA